AUGCUAUAUCAAAACCAAUCUUCUCCAAUUCGAACCAAGUCAUCUCCGUACACUGGUUCUGAGUCCCGAAGAUUCAAACGCAACAAGCCCGCUACCGAUUACAGCGGCUAUAAUCUCGAGGGUGACUACUUCACCCUGUUCAAAACGAGCGCGCAUAGGCCUUCUUUGAGUAUAUCUUCUUCAUGCUCUCUGAUCUCAAGUGCGUCGUCUGAUGUGCCCGAUCUCUCUGACUCGUGCUCAGUCACAGACACUUCGGACUAUCCUAUCACUCCAACAAAGCCAUCCGUAGCAACUCUCCCAGGUCAAAAUGGCAUCCCGUUUGGUGAUCACAAGUUUGUCUUCUCUGAAAACGAUGUGUCUUUCCUGCAAGAGCUAGACAACUCGGCCUAUGACUGUGUGUCUCCGAUGCAGAUUGAUGUAGAGCCUGUGUCAGUAUUCGAUAUACCUGAAUUGGUCUAUAAAAUCAUCUCGUUUGCAGAUUUGCAGGCCUCCCUGUGUCUGGAAAGUGCUGUGAAGAAACCCAAGUACUCUCAUGCUCAGUCUCAGAGCUCUAAACAGUCCAAACUGCCUAGUGUGCUCUCUACUUGUUUGCAGGUAAACAAACUAUUCUAUCAGGUCACCAAAGAUAUACUCACCGAACGUUUAUGCUUCAAAAACCAGCAUCUUUUUGAACGAUUCGCCGAAACAAAUAGUUCUGGUCUCAACAGUGCGAGACCAUCGAGCUUAAAAUUAAACAGUCUCUAUCAUGCAAAGCAGCAUACGCUCAACACCAUAUCCGAAAGAAUCGACUCCUCCCGCUUGAACACGCUUGAAUUUUUUAUGUGUCCAAAGUUGACACCCCCAAUAGCAUUUUUCAGUUCUAAUUUAAUAUCCUUAUCCGUCGCAGGUUCGAGGGUUGUUGACGAUUCUUUGUUGAAUAACAUAGCACUUUGCUGCCCCAAAUUGAAAGAUCUUGAUCUCAGGGCGUGUGACCUUAUCACAGACUCUGGGAUUUAUGCGAUUGCCUCAAACUGUAAGAACCUUGUCAAAGUCAAUCUCGGAAGGAAGAGAAAAGGCCAUCUCAUUUCCGAUAACAGUACUGCGCUUCUUGUUAGAAACAAUCCCUACCUUGAAACUGUUGGCUUCGCUGGUUGCGCUAUCACCGAUGUGACCAUUUGGGAGCUUGCGUUAAACUGCGGUAGAUCUCUCCGCCGUUUAUCCAUUAAUGGCUGCCACGGUGUUACCGAUAGCUCGAUCUCGAAAGUUUUUUCGCACAAUUAUGUUCCAGAGUUGUCGGUUUUCGAAAUGAGAGACGUCCCCGGUAUCAAAAACUACGCUCUGAUUGUGAACUUCAAGAGACACCAAGCCCUUCGAGGUGUCAUUAUGUGGAUAGAGUCCAGCGAGGAAACAGCGCUCCACCUAAAGGAAUGCGAGCGCAAAUUAGAUCUGCUGAUCCUGAAGCUGAUCCGCAGGGAUAUCCACAUGUGGGUCCACGAAGGAGACGACGACAAGUCUUACAUUGAACUCUUACGCGAACGCGGAAAGUUGCGUUCCGAUCGCUAA